AUGGCUCACGCAUAUCAAGGAAACGACCGCGACUCGGCAUACGGCGACGACGACAACCUCUUUUUUCCGGAUCCUAUGUUCGCCUUGCCCGCGCCGCUGGCAGGUUCAAAGCGCGAUGUGAACAAUGUCAUACUGACAGAUCCCAAAUCUGCGGGCCUGGGAUUGGCCGCGGAAACGGGUACUUGGGCUGAGCAUGGUGACCCAAGUGCCCAAAGAACUCGCAAUCCCAAGCCCGGUUGUCCUUCCUGUGAAGACGGGCGCCCGUCAAAACGGAAGGCUUCGGCCGUCAAAGUAGGCGAGUACCACAAUGUUGCCGCCAACCAAGCCAUCUCGAACUCGGACCAGCAGUUCCCGGACCUGUGCUUCGAGCAGUUCUGCCAAGGAUGCGAUCUGGACACCGCAUCGUCCGAAGGUAACGGUCUGGCGAACAACUUCUUGAACUUCGGGCUCCAGUCGAGUCAACCGAGCACCGCGUUCUCUCUUGCACCUUCAGCUCCUGGUAUGAACAUGUUCGACAACCAUCUGACCAGCCCUUUAUACGGGUUCAAUGAUACCACUUGGCUUCUUCCGCAAUCGCACUACUCAGAUGCAUUCCAGAGCGUGGGGCCCAAGAACCCUAAGGUUGACUUCGACAUAUCAGCUGCGCGGCUUGAACCCAAGCCUGAAUUGACCGGAAGCGCUACGGAUGCACAGUCCUGCGUCUGCAGAUGGCAACAUGCCCCCGGCCUCCUCUGUCUCGCCGCCUUCCCCGACGCCUCCGCCCUCCACGCCCACAUCAAAGCCACCCACGUCGACAACUGCGCCCAGUGCGUCUGCCAGUGGGAGAACUGCGAAGCCUCCUCCAAAGACUUCAAGCAGCGCUCCAAGCUCUCGCGGCACCUCCUCGCGCACGCCGGCCACCGCCCCUACGCAUGCAGCUUCAAAGACUGCAACAAGACCUUCGCUACCAACCAAGCGAAGGACAACCACGAGCGCACCCACACGGGCGAGCGCCCAUAUGUCUGCGAUAGGUGCGGAUACACCACGACGACGCACACGCAGCUGCAGACGCACAUCUCCGCGCUGCACGAAGGGAAGAAACCGCACAAGUGCCGCUUCUGCGACUUCUCGUGCGCGGACAGCUCGAAUUUGAGUAAGCAUGAGCGCACGCAUCAGGUAAGCCCCCUCAACGGUGUCCACUCCAUCAUCAAGCUGACGCAAUGA